CUGUAGUUAGUUUUGUGGUAUUAUUUGUUUUGGAUUAAAACUGGAAUGAGUGUGCUGCUGAGUAGUGUGGCAGGCACUGACUGGGGAUCUAGUAAUUUCCCAUUUUACUUACCUGGUGGUUUGUUUGAAUGAGUCUGGUUUUGUUCUGCUGCUUAGGUGCUUAUUGGGUUCGGGUAUUUGUUUUCUAGUGGUAUUUGGUCUUUAAUAGAAGUCAUUCUUUAAUUGAUAAGAGAGAAGUUGGGAUAUAUGCUAACAAAGCUGCUGUUAUGUGAUAAAUUUUUGGAUUAACAUAGGAUGACCACAUUGUUUUUAAGACCCUUUGGUUCUUGGUCCGCGGAACCUUUUGAAUUUACAGAUUGGUAGGUUUCGAGGCCCUUUGGUGCAUGUUAUCCUAAUGGUGCAUCUUUUUUCAUUUCAAAGGGACAAUCUUUUUGUUUCAUUUUGGAGGAUUUUGGAAUAUGGAAUGUUGAAUUUACAUUUGAAAUAUGUUUUUCAAUUAUGCCUUUUCUUUGCUAAGAAAAUACGGUUUUUGCAGGGAGCAAGCUGUUCUUGGAGCGCGUAAUAUCUCUACUCAAGUCGUUCGGAACCGCAUGAAGAGUGUUAAGAAUAUCCAAAAGAUUACCAAGGCUAUGAAGAUGGUUGCAGCUUCAAAACUGAGAGCUAUUCAGACUAGAGCUGAAAAUUCUCGUGGAUUAUGGCAACCAUUCACUGCUCUCCUUGGUGAUAUGCCAAGUGUUGAUGUCAAGAAGAAUGUUAUUGUUACCAUAUCUUCUGAUAAAGGACUUUGUGGUGGGAUUAAUUCCACGUCUGUCAAGAUAAGCAGGGCCCUUUACAAGUUGAAUUCUGGACCUGAAAAGGAAUCCAAGUAUGUCAUUGUUGGAGAGAAGGCCAAGGCACAGCUGAUUAGGGACUCCAAGAAAAUGAUCGAUAUCUCCUUUACUGAGCUGCAGAAAAAUCCUCUCAACUUCACCCAGGUUUCUGUGCUUGCAGAUGACAUCCUGAAAAAUGUAGAGUUUGAUGCACUAAGAAUUGUUUUCAACAAAUUCCAGUCUGUUGUCUCCUUUAUCCCGACUACAGCCACGGUUUUAUCGCCCGAGAUUGUUGAGAGAGAAGCUGAGGCUGGGGGAAAGCUUGGGGAGUUGGACUUGUAUGAAAUUGAAGGUGCUGAGACAAAGGGAGAAGUGCUCCAGAAUCUUGCUGAAUUCCAGUUCGCCUGUACAAUGUUCAAUGCGGUUUUGGAGAAUGCUUGCAGUGAGCAAGGAGCAAGGAUGUCUGCCAUGGAUAGUUCCAGCAGGAAUGCUGGUGAAAUGCUUGACCGCCUCACCUUGACUUAUAACAGAACCCGUCAAGCAUCCAUCACCACAGAACUCAUUGAGAUUAUAUCUGGAGCUUCAGCACUGGAAGGCUAAGUGCCGAAUGAAUUUGCUCUGUUUUUUCCUGACGGUGACGAAAUAAAAGUUGUCAACUUUCAUCUGCUCCUGCUGACUAUAGAUUUUGAAGUUUUGGGUUUAAUACUUUCAAAUAAUCCCCAGGUUUAAAUUUAUAUAUGGGAAAUCUCUUGCUUGAGUUAUUAACUUGUACAAUGCUUGUCUUUCUAUGUCAUGCCUUUAACAUUUCUUUUUUUGUAUGUUACAGCAGUCAUUGGUUCUAUCCCAGAUUCUUUUUUGUUUGAAUUUGGCUGUUUUCUUUGUCCAAGUAAGAGCUAUUUUAGCUACCGAAUCUGAAUGAAGCUAAUUCCGCCAUACUUUUAUUCUGUCACUUCUAAACCUAGUGAACUGUUGCCUCCAGCCUCACGAGUGAACGGGCUUUUCAAUGAUCCGAUAAUGGCGAAAAAAACAUCUAGUGUUUCUCUAGUAGUUGUUCUUUGGCUUACCUAGUGUUCAUAGUACAAUGCAUCUUUGAUAUAGGCAGAUUACUUCAUUUUGAGCUUUUGUUGUCUAUGCCUCUAUUGCAGUAGAAGCUGAGAUACCGUACCAGUAAAAUGGAAUGAAUAACUUGAGGAUUUUUUUUCUCAAUGAAAUUUUGAAUUGACUUGCGGUACUAUGAAAACAGUGCAAUUUGUUCCAGCAGUAGAUUGCAAAGCAAAAGCAUAGUGUUUUCUGCUUCGCAAUACUCUUUUUUCUUUCAAGUGAUGUUGAGCUCAAUUUGUUCUUAUUGCUUUGAUUCUUAUCUUACAUGAAUCCUCCGUGCAUGAAGCCAUGAACCUGCACUUUUGCUACUCGGCCAAUUGCCUUCCUGAACCCUUGAAUGAGACAAACCUUAUCCUCGAUCUCGUUUCCUCCCUCUUCAGCCUUUAAUUUCUUGACAAUUGCUUUUUUUCCAGCUCUUGCUACAUCUCCCUCUUCAGCCUUUACUUUCUUCUCAAUCUUGCCCACUUUGUUUUCGACCUCUUGGUAAGCAACCGAUCAAUGAACUCCACUUCACAAUCCGUGUCGACGGUGUUCACUGCAGAAGCCGGCUUGGUUUCCGCAUUGUUAAAGGAAAACUUCUUCCAACCGUGACUGAUUGUUAUGGUAUCUCUAGUAGUCAAACACGAGUAUUCCUUGAGAGUAUCCUCCAAAAGCUUUUUGAUCAGGGAGCCUAACAAAAUCAGCGGAAUGAGGUUGAAGCUUUAUGUCGGUUCCUUUAGGAAGAAUAACAUCCUUGAAAAAAACUAUGUCUCCUUCUUGUAGUUCCAUCUGGUUCAUUAUCCAUCGAGGCAUGUGGACGAAACCCUCAUCCGCCGUGAACUCGGAUUCUCCACAGUGAGUGAUUUGGCCGCCAACAGAACCGUUGUCGGCGUAGAAGCCAUCAUGGCGUGGGUUCUGAACUGAAAACAUCAUGGGAUAGUCGACCUCUAAAUACAACAAGCAAUCUAAAGCUGAGGGGGGCAUUAUAACUUCGUUGCUGUUUUCGAGUUGUUCUCGUUUGUCGGUUGCAGGGAAAGGUUAGCAGCCGUAGUACUGAAGGAAUUGAUAACCAUUGUCAUGUUCCCAUGGUUUCAUCAAGUUUUCCUUCAAGGUGUCAAAAAUUCAAUGAGGAAUUCGUGGAGGGCUACGCUUGUAGAGUUCCUCCACAAUUCUUGGAAAACAACAAAGGGUACUUAUAAAUACAUACCAUAAUAGGAGAGACAGUUAUCAUGUUUUGCCAAUUUUUUUCAAUUUAAUUCUGGGGAUUUUCUUACAUAGAACCUAUCUAAAUUAUUUUUCUAUUGAUUAAUAA